GACAUGGGGACACCCAUGGGGACACCAAAAGGGACAUCUUGGAAAGACCAUGGGGACACCCAUGGGGACACCAAAAGGGACAUCUUGGAAAGACCAUGGGGACAUGGGGACACCCAAGGGGACACCAAAAGGGACAUCUUGGAAAGACCACAGGGACAUGGGGACACCCAUGGGGACACCAAAAGGGACAUCUUGGAAAGACCACGGGGACAUGGGGACACCCAUGGGGACACCAGGAGGAACAUCACAGAGACGCCUCAGGGACGUGGGGACACCCAAAGGGACACCCAAAGGGACAUCUUGGAAAGACCACGGGGACAUGGGGACACCAGAAAGAACAUCAUGGAAGGACCACGGGGACACGGGGGCACCCAUGGGGACAUCAGAAAGAACAUCAUGGAAGGACCAUGGGGACACGGGGGCACCCAUGGGGACACCAUAAAGGAUAUCAUGACAACACCACGGGGACACGGGGACACCCAUGGGGACAUCGAUAGGGACGUUGUAGAAACACCACAGGGACACGGGGACACCAACAGGACGUCCCAGGGAUGCUCUGGGGUGUGGGGUGGCCCUCGGGGACCCAUCAAUGUCACUGUCCCCAGGUACGGGUUCCUCCUGGACAAGGCUCUGAUCAUCUGCAAGCGCCGUGGGGACGCCUACGAGGCCAAGGAUGUCGUGGACCUACAGAGCCACCAGCUGAGGGACAGUGGCCUCGGGCCCAGGGAUGGCAAGAAGUGGUCCCACACCUUCCUGCUCAUCAACACGGCCGGGCUGCAGGGCUACGAGCUCUUCUUCAAGACACGUGAGCUGAAGAAGAAGUGGCUGGAACAGUUCGAGAUGGCCCUCUCCAACAUCUUCCCGGAGCACGCCCUGGCGGAUGGACACGACUUCCAGAUGUUCUCCUUUGAGGACACCACGUCCUGUAGGGCCUGCCAGAUGCUGCUGAGAGGAACGUUCUACCAGGGAUACCGCUGCAACCGCUGCCGGGCUCCUGCACACAAGGAGUGUUUGGGGAGGAUGGGGACCUGCGGAGCCGAUCCGAGCUCUGGCAACAGGAAGAUGAAAUCCCAGCGCCCGGGGCAUGAAAACAAGCCUGCAGACCUGGGGUUGCCCAAGAUGGAGGCGAGCCAGCACUACAGCGGGGUGCCCCCACCGCCGGGAAAUGUGGGUCCUGCCCUACGUCUCAGCCCUGGGGACGUCGUGGAGGCAAUGGUGGCGGAGGUGGAGCAGCUGUGGUGGCAGGGCAGGAACGUGGUCAAUGGUGAGACCGGCUGGUUCCCCUGUGCUGCUGUCAGACCCUUCAUCUGUGCACCGAUGCCGGAUCUCUCUGUCUACCUCUGGUACGCCGGCCCCAUGGAAAGGGGGGAAGCGGAACAGAUCCUGACACCCCGCUCUGAUGGCACGUUCCUGGUGCGGCAGCGGGUGAAGGACACGGGAGAAUUUGCCAUCAGCAUCAAGUAGGGUUUUGGGGGCAGCCAUGGGGUCCACCCUCAGGAUUUGGGGGGAGGGGGGCGUCAGGUGGUGAUGAUGGGGUGGAUGUAGGGAGGUCCUCCACGGCGAGGUAGGAAGAGUAGGGAUGGACCUUUACAGUGGGGUGGAGGUG